GACUGCUGCAGCGCUCCGCCAGCAGUCGACCAAGCGCACCUCGCCUCGAACAACAAACCGCCAUGGACCUCCAUCGGACCAGUGUGUUAAACCAAAUGGAUUACAACCGGGAGCCCAAGGAGGGGAAGCCGGCCCAGUCGACGGAGGAGCGGCUGGACAGCGGCUUGGACUCGCUGAAGGAGGAGGAGUACCAGGCUGUGGCGGCCGAGAUCCGUCGGCUCCAGGUGGAAUGUGAGCCGCCGCAGCACAAACAGGCUCCCGCUGGAACCGGAGAGCCGCUCGAGUGGAAAACACAGAUCACAGAGGACGGAGACACGCUGCUCCACCUGGCCAUCAUCCACGAGGCCAAGGACUACAUCAGAACAAUGAUCGACCUGUCCAGGAACACGGACUUCCUCAACACACAAAAUGACCAGAGACAGACUCCUCUUCACUUAGCAGUAAUAACAAACCAGGCGGACGUGUGUCAGCGCCUCCUGGUAUCCGGCUGCGACCCCACGCUGGUGGACGACAGCGGGGACACGCCUCUUCACAUCGCCUGUCGCCACGGUAACCUGCUGUGCUUCAGCGUCAUCACACAGAACUGUCAGCCGGAGCAUCUGCACACAGUGAUGGCUGCCUGCAACUAUCAGGGUCAGAACUGUCUCCACCUGGCCUCAGUUCAGGGUUUCCUCUCACUGGUGGAGAACAUGGUGGAUCUAGGAGCUGAUGUUGAUGCAAAGGAACAGCGUAACGGCCGCGGUGCACUGCACCUGGCCGUGGAUCAGCAGAAUCUCUCGCUGGUCAAGCUGCUGCUGAAGAAAGGAGCAGACCCCAACCUCCUGACCUCCGGAGGCCACACCCCCUACCACCUCACCUACGGGCGCGACAACGACGGCAUCAGGCAAGAACUGUACAUGCUGACCAAACCCGACCUGAGGGAGCUGCCUGACAGCGAAUCAGACGACAGCGAGGAAGAGGAGAACGAGGAGUCUGACGAGGAGGUGGGCUAUGACGACAUCCAGUGGAAUGGACAUUAGCAGGAAAUGACAGAGAGAGGAAGUUACAGAGGCUGCGGUGAUGACUGUUAGGGACAAGAGAAAUGGCUCGGCAUGUCUACUGCUUCCUGCAAUAACGUCACGGGCCCGAUAGCACAGGAGACACGGCGCGGGCGUGACCGCUGACAAACCAGAUGGACAGGCAGCUGCAGAGGAGGAUCGAACGGAGGCUUCAACCAACGAGUCCGCUCCAGGCUGCAGGAGAGCAAACGCACGCUGAGAUGUGAACACAUGACACAUUAUGAUGGGAUUGCUGUAUGAUAAGAGGAUUGCUUGUAUUUUGUGGACACUCGAUUCAUUUGUCGCAAAAAACAUCCUUCCACACAGAUGAACCUGCAACAGCUCUGUUGUACGAUAUUGUAAAUGCUGUGUAUACAAAGAUGUAUUUUUUAUGGAAGCUGUGAAUGUGUACAGUUAAGCAGGUUGUAUAUGUCAGACAGCAAACAGUCCAGCACACUCCAGUUAAAUUAAAAACACUCAUAUUUAACAGUAAGAAGCUGUGUGAAUGUAUUUGUGGAGACUGGGAGGGGCGGCAUGAAGUGGAAACAGGUGGCAUGUGAUUGGAAAAUUGCAGUUGGUCCUGGAUGGCAGUUUGGACAGGAAUGCUUUCACGCGUGUACAUACGACAUGGUAAUAUAGGUAUUAUCACUAUAAAGUUUAUACAUAACCCAACAUUAUAUCGACAGUGCCUGACAGAAUUACAGAGCUGCAGUUAUACAGGAAAUCAGCUUAACCAUGUGUGUUUCUCCUGCCGUCAGUGUUUGUGCUUGUAGAAAUGGCUCCAUCAAAGCAUGACAGCUGAGUUUCGGUUGUCAGCGGACGCCCUUUAUUUUCAUAUAAUGCAUGUCACGCAGGGAAGUGGCGCUAAGCCGACAACUCGUUUCCAGGCAGAGGGAAAUUUUGUGUGUGUGUGCGUGUGGAACGAGGCUGAUUGCACAGUCCUCUAAAUCAGGAAGUUUUUAGGAGGGUGGAGCUGAGAGGGAAGGGACAGGAAAUUCCCAGGAACAGAACACUCAGCUGUUCGUGACAUUCCUGCUUCUCGUUCCUCCAAAGAAGGGAAUCUCCGCUGAAUAACAGGAUGCCUCAGUCAAGUCUGGGGCCAGGGGUAUGAAGGGAGUAUUACUCAAAAGUCAAAUAAAUAUCAAACGUCAAUGUUUAAUACACUUAUGUAAUUCUGUAAUUUUUUUCCUGUGGGUUGGCUCUCCAACUUCAAGUUACAAUGCACACAUGGCACUUGGGAUAUAGCUGUAGAUACAAUGUACAAUAAAAUA